CCACUUUAUCGCAAGUUGUAAAUCGUUAUUUGGGUCAUUUGGGAGAAAAUAAAAAAUCUUCUAUCUUUAUCUAUCUCAUGUUAAAUUUUACGAUUUACGUCUUACGAUUAUUCACUGUGAGCUGACCUUAACCAUAAAAACAUAACCAAACAUUAAAUUUCUUCAUCAAGGAUAAUUCUUGAGGAAAAAUAAAAAUGUGGAGUGGGAAGGAAAUUUAUGGAGCUGCUGAAAGAAAUAAGGAGCCAAUAUUGUCAGUGUUACGAAAUUACAUUAAAAAAGAAGUGGCUCAAGUAUUUUUGGAAAUCGCUUCUGGUUCAGGUCAGCACGUCGCUUAUUUUGCUCCCAAUUUUCCUCAAGUAACUUUCUAUCCAUCUGAGAAUGGUGAUCCUAAAUUAAUGAAAAGUAUUUCCCUACACACUGCUGAUAUGACUAAUGUUAAACCUCCAAUUAAUAUUGACAUUGCCACUAAUUAUAAAUCUUGGAAUAAUGGAUUAUUUAAGGAAAAUACCUUAGAUUACAUGUACACUUCAAAUUUAACGCAUGUUUCCCCAUUUAAAUGUACAAUUAGUUUAUUUGAAAAUGCAGGAAAAUUAUUAAAGUCCGAAGGACUUUUAUUAAUGUAUGGCCCUUUUGCUGUUGAUGGUAAUCUUUCACCAGAAAGUAAUAUUAAUUUUGACAAAAAUCUUAGAGCUCAAAAUUCCGAAUUGGGAAUACGUGAUGUACGAGAUUUACGUGAAUUAGCUGAUAAAAAUGGCAUAAAACUUCUCAAGAUGGAGGAUAUGCCAGCUAAUAAUAAAACUCUAAUAUGGAAAAAGUCAUCUCAGUAAAUGUUUUUUUUUCUUUUAAACAAAAUUUAUUACCAUUUAAUGGAAUAAAUUUAUUAUAUUCUUUGUUAGUCCUUAUCAUUUUCAUGUUUUUUAUCUUGUUUCAAAAUAAACAAGUUGUAAAAAUA